UCCCAGCAGCCCCUGCGGGGGUCGGCGGGGCGCUGAGAUGAGGUGGGGGGUUGCUGGUGGCAGUGAUGGCUUCCCUCGUGAAGAAAAUAAUCAGCACUGCGAAGGCUCCCGCUGCAUUGGGUCCCUACAGCCAAGCAGUGCUGGUAGACCGGACGAUGUACAUUGCAGGACAGAUAGGUAUAGAACCUUCCACUGGGCAGCUUGUCUCCGGAGGGGCAAAGGAAGAAGCUAAACAGGCUCUAAAAAACAUGGGAGAAAUCCUGAAAGCUGCAGGAUGUGACUAUGGCAAUGUCGUGAAGACUACAGUUUUGAUGGCAGACAUGAAGGACUUCAAUGAUAUCAAUGAUAUUUACAAACAAUUUUUCAAGACAAACUUCCCAGCCAGAGCAGCCUAUCAGGUUGCUGCUUUGCCCAAAGGUGCCCGAGUUGAGAUUGAAGCUAUUGCCAUUCAGGGGCCCCUCCAAGAUGCUUCAGCCUGACUAUAAAUAGAGACUGAAUAUCCUACGACAGCAGUUUUAGAUUUAAUACUUCUCCCUUACAUCCUAUUCCUACAAUUGAUUGUCAGCAGUUACAUACAGUUGCAAUCAGUAAGCUUACCAGGGAAAGGUGCUUUCUGCUGGAUUGUGGCCUUGGAUUCUCUAAAAUAUGAGCUUACAGCUCUGUCAUCAAACCCUGAAACCUCUGGGAGUCCUGCUAAAAUCAGCUGAGCUUCGUUGCAGGACAGGGCCCUUACUUUGUCAUGGUGACUGGAUAGUCUGGUAUUAAAUUACACGUUUGGGUAAAUGUAUGACAGUUAUACUAUGGGUGAUCUGGACAUAAAGAACUAAUGAUUCAUAAUACUAGGUGCUUUGUAGCAAUUUAAAAAAAAAAAACCAAAAAUGGCAGAAAUGGGAAAAUGGAACCCUUGAAUUGCUUAGUGUAUGUAUUCACCUUUGCGUUUUGGGGAAUUUUUGCGUAUUUGUUUCUGAACUGUCUUAAACUCUUUACAGAAUAGAUUACUGUUGGGACUCACAGUUUUUCAUAUGGAAGCAAUUGCUUAAGACAGUUAAGGUUCAUUUCAGAAAGAAGAACCUUAUGCUUUUAUGAAGUAAAUUGCUAACUUUAUAAAUCAGCUGUAAA